UUUUCAGAAUUAUAAAGCUGUCAUUUGUCGGGGCAAAUAAUUGUUAAACAAAUCCUUAUCAGCUGACAACAAAGCGAAAAGAAUCUUUUUGUACAUAUCUUGUACAUACUGUAUAGCAUGAGUGCAGCAGUAAGCACCUCGCGUGCUACUAGUAGAAUUAGUAGGGACAAAUUGUCCAGCCGACAAACACAACAGACAAAUAGACACAAUGAAGGUGGAGGAACAGGACUCGUACCAAAGGACAAAUAUCAGCCGACACAAGAACAGAUAAAUAUUGCUCAGAUAACAAACAUCAACAAUGAUGAUGAAGUUAAAAAGAUUGAACAGUUAAUGGAGAUGACAGGUAAAAAUGAGGAUCAAGUAGCACUGGCUUUAUUGGAUUGUGAAGAUGAUUUAGAGAGAGCAGCUUUAAUGUUAUUAGAAAGUAAUAUAGAUAUUGAUCAGGGUGAAUGGAAAAGCCAGGGUAAGAAGAAAAAGCCUAAAAAUCCAGGACCGCCACCACCAGCCCCAUCAAAGAAUGAAAACACACAAAAUAUGACAUCGGAAAAAUCAGAAAUGAAACGUGACAGAAGUAGAGAUCGAGAAAAUGAUUCGUCAGAUCGUUAUGAUGGUCCGUCUAGACGUGGAAGAAGGAAUGGUGCUCCACCACCAAGAUUUGCCAGAGGACGAGGUCGCGAUAGAAACUUCUAUGGAGGUGACAGAAAUGAAAAUGGAGAUGACAAUAGAGAAAAUGGUUUUGAUAACCGAGAAAGAAGUGGUGAUCGUGGGCGUGGAAGAGGUAGAGGCGGAUUUGGCAGAAGAGGCAGAGGAAGAGGUGGGCGAGCUGGAGGAGAUUUUAGUGCUGACUUUGGAGGGGAAUUUAACAGUGAAAAACCGGCCAAGUUUGAAAAAGGUCCACAGAUCGAUACAUGGACAAACGAAACAGCUGAAAUAUCACAGAAAGAACCUGCUGGUUGGGGACAGACUUGGGGAGCAGAAGAUUGGAGUGAUGAUACAUGGACAGGAAAUUUGAAAGAAACACAAGUAUUUACAGCAUCAUCAGUAACAAGUACAGAUCCCGAGCCUAUUACUACUCCUAGAAAUGAGUCAAACUCACUAGGACAAAGAUUGGAUAUUGGUAUGUUACUACAGAAACCAAACGAGAUGCCACAACAGAACAAGCAAGCCUACAAUCUCUCACAAUAUAACCAACAGGCUACAGAAUCCAUUAAAAAUUGUAUCGGGAUUGGUGCCCCUCGUCCUCAAACUAUUUCGAAUCUCCAGUCUAAUCAAUCACAGUCUCUUGGUCCGGUUGGUUCCAUUUCACAAAGUGUUCAGUCAAACAGUUUGCCUUCUCCAUCACAGUCUUUACCAGGUCAAACUUCACUACAGCAGAGACCUAAAAUACCUAGAAGUAAAUUACCACCACCUUCAAAGAUUCCUGCAUCAGCUGUUGAAAUGCCAGGCCAUAGGAUGCCGAUGUUAGAUGUUCAGUUUGGGGUGGAUUUUGGUAAUGAACCAGCUGCGUUGUCAUUUGGUUCAACAGAAAACACUGUUAAUAGUCGACUACCAACAACAGUUACUAACAGUCAAACGUCCUCGCUAACCAAUCAUCUUCCUCAAAUAAACUCGGCCCCUAAUCCACCAGAGUCUAUGACCUCAUCAAUAAUGGCAUCUCCACCGGCAGGCAGCAACUCGGCCGUUAUGACAGGGCUGGAUCAGUCCUCCAGAACGUCUAAUAUGUACCAAAACACAGCCUAUUCUUCACCUCCCAAAAAUGACACACAGUCUGUUCUGAAUCAAAACAAGAUAACGCCGCCGGAUCCCAUACCAUAUUCGACGAAUGAUCGGAAAUCCAGUCCGCUAGUUUCACAGCGACAGGGACCACCAACGGCCAACUCGAUGGGUCAGGGUUCUCUGUCGUCUUCUAAUCCAGAUACAAGCAACCUAUCGUCGUUUGCACAGGGUUCGGCAAAUUACCAGUCAACUGGAUAUCAGGGACACAAAACAUCAGCCUUGCCAGGAUCUCAGGCUUACACACAUACAACCAGUGCACAGAGUGUAGCAUACCAGAGUCCUUACGAAACUAGUCAAAAUCAGUAUCCCUCAAGUUCGAAUCAGUAUCAAUCGUCAGCACAGAAUCAGUUUCAAUCGGGACAAUCGGCUUAUCAGUCAACACAAAACCAAUAUUCAUCAGGACAAAAUCAGUACCAAAAUGGACAGAGUCAAUUCCCUUCAGGACAAACGAGUUAUACAAAUUAUCAAUCCGGAUCCUCAUUCCAAAAUCAGUCGGGCUAUUCUUCCACGUCAAAUCAGUCGAAUUCUAGUUCUCUGUAUCAAAAUUCCUCUCAAGGCAAUAAUGCUUAUACUGGACAAUCAAACACGUACCAUAUGAGAGAUACUCAAUCGUCCAGUUCAAAUCCAACAAACACGAACCAGUAUCAGACUCAGUCACCUGUUCUGUCAACGUCUCCCGCGCCCAAUCAGAGUGGGUAUAGUGCUCCAACAACGCAGGUGGGCGGUGCACAGGGAAAUUAUAGUGCCCAGCCCCAACAAACUCAAGGUGGCUAUAAUGCCCAGCCCACUCCAAGCCAGACCAGUUAUAGUGCUCAGUCAUACAGCAGUUCGUCAGCGUUACAAACUUCUCCUCUAACGUCGUCCAAACUUGGGGACAGUUUGACUAAAAUGUCAUUGAAGGACACUGCAUUGGACAGUCAUACUCAAUCCCAGUAUGAACAUUCUUCUUCGACCACCCCAAGUCUAACAGCUACGACCAGUACACCUUCAUUAUCAGGUGCAUCUGUAAAUACUGUUAGUACGACGUCGGUUACUGCUGCCAUGGUAACGACUACUAGUUCCAGGAUUUCGUCGAUGUCUUCUAACAGUAGUCUCAACAGUAUCACAACAUCUAAAGCUCCACCAAAUCUGCCACCAGGUGUCCCGUUAGUAGGAACACCUCAGUAUAUUAUGGGUCAGGCUGGUGGUGUUCCAUCGUUCUAUAGUUUACAACAGCCUCUGUAUGGUUAUGAAGACCAGAUGCAGUUGUUGCAACAGAGAGUUCCUCUUGCGAACAACUACUAUGAUAUGGCAGCCACGUAUCAAGUUCCUUCAUCUAUGUCUGGAAGAGAUCAAGCUACACUGGGAAAUGUUUCUUACUCAGCUGAUAGUACCAAGUUAAACAGGGUUGAUGCCCAGUCUCCUAAUCCCUCGACACAACAGCCAACAAGUCAGUCAGCACAUCAACCUUUCAUUCAUUUUAACUAUGGUUACUAUUACCCACAAGUUUUACCUGGUACCGCUGGCUUUCAAAUACCAACAAUGUAUCCAAUGCCAACUGUGACGAACACACCUCAUGCUAGUACGACAGCUACAACACAGUUCCAGAAAACAUAUGCUUCACAUGGAUACGGAACGAAAGGUUACGAUGAUUUAAGUCAAGUACAAGAUUAUGCUAAAACUGCUUAUGGAGUGACACAGGCGCAAACUAAAGUAUCUGCAGGAACAAGAGCGGCUGCUGACUUGGCAGGUUCAAGUUAUACUAAAUCUCAUUCACAGGCUUUUGAUAAGCAGGGAUUCCAUGCUGGAACUCCACCACCAUUUAUGCCACAUGGAACCGCCAAUCAGACUGGACCAAUGGGAACACCAACUAAUCCGUAUGCUGCUGCAGCCCCAUUUGUACAGAUGAUGACUCCUCACAAUCAGAUGUUACAUCAUGCCAUGCAGCAGGAUUCUUCUGUGUCUAAUAGAAUGUCUCAGACAAGCUCUCAGUCUAAAACAGGUGGAUCUAAGGCUUAUGGUGGAGCGUACUGGGGUACAAACUAAAUCUUGUUUUUAUUGACAGGAUCUCUCAACAGUUGAAUAGAAUAAACAUGAUGUGAGAAUUAGCGUUGUAUUUCGGUUUCUAUUUAUUAAACCGUGAAAUCUUGUAAUAUACCGUCAUCCCUCUUUUUGUUAAUGUUCCCUUUAAGAUUGGCUGCCGUGAACUUUAUAAAUAGUGACUGAUGUUGUAGAAAUACUUGUCCUGUAGAGAUAAUAAUAAUUAUUAUAUAAUUUUCUAUGUACAGUUCAUCAUUUUUUGCCAUUUUAAUUUUUUAUUAUUACUUUUUUUUUUUCCCUCCCUUCAGAGUUAUUUGCAUAUUUUCAUGUGCUCUUUGUCCAAUUUCAUGUUUUUUAAUAAGGAUUAUUAUUCAAAAGAAUGUGUGUAAAUUAUUUAAGACAAAGGAAAAUUUACAAAAGUAUUCAAGAAAGGACUUCUUAGAAGAAUUUGCGCUGGUGCCUUACUGAAUUGUGGAAAGAAUAGAAUUUCACUGAGCUGGGCUGAUAACUAUAUAACUAUAUGUAUUGCCGAAUGAUAUAAAAGGGAGGGGUGGGGAGUGUUUGUGUGAUAUAUAUACAAGUAACUUGAAGUUUACUAAGAACUAAAUAUGUGUAAAUUUUGUAAGUAUUAUUAUUAAUUAACCAAAAAUUUAUAUUGAAAAGAUAAAAAUAUUUUGUUCAUUUCAUGCACAUUCACAAUUUGAGCUAUCUGCUCAGCUCAGAGUUUAUUAGCACUUAUAUAAAUAAAGAAAGGUUGCGAUUCAUUCUUUAAAUAUAUUCAUCAUUAUUCUUAUUUCUUUUUUUGUAUUUUGUGCUCACAUUUAUUAUAAAUUUGAAUUCGGGAAAUCAGUCAGUUGUCUGCCCUUAGAUUGAAAGACAUAAUUAAAUUGACAUCCACCAGGGUCUUGGAUUACAUUUCUGAUUUCCUUGAAAUAAUUGUUUCCAAUUUUUGUUUUAUUUGCACUAAAGAGAGAAAGUGACAAAAAUGUGAUUCUAAAAAAGAAAUUUGUCAUUUAUUUUAGAAUGGAAUUUAAACUUUAAUAAUAUGAAUAUUGUAAUAUAUGGGUGUUAGAAAGCGAAAGUAGACAUAUUUUCCUGUGAUCUAUACAAGAGCCAAGCUGAUUCCAGACAAUCUAAGAGUUGAUGAGUCACUGAUUUCCCUGUGUUUAUUCGGAACACACUGUGUAACCCUGUGGUGUGCUUUGUGCCAUGUUAUGUAUCAAUAUAUAUAUAUAUAGUUUGUUUUAUCAUAAAUGCGUUUAUUUUGUGUAAUCUGUCUUUAUAUCAUUAUUUUGUUAAUAGGUUGCUUUUUAAAGAAAUUAAGAGCUGAAGUAAUUUUCAUUGUCUGUAAUAAAUUUCUGAAAUACUAAA